GUGAAAUCCUUCGCUUCAUUCAGAGCUUAAAUCCGCUCAUUUAUUUAUUUAUUUUUAUUUUUUUUUUUCUUAAUUUCAAUGUCUGCCAAAACUGGGUGCAUCUUCUGAGACCAUGCGUCUUAUGAGCUAUCAAAUUCGGUAAAUGUGAUCAUGUUUGUUAUCAAUGGUGCGCAUGCGCAAUGGCGACGUGACUCUUUGAUGACAUGGGGUUACCUGCUACGAAUUAGGUCAUAGAAAUUUGUUGGGCAAUCACAAAGGCACGUGUGUUUAGAGGAAGAAGGAGCACUCGGGACUGUCUGUGCUGCGUCAGUUAAACUAUGGCUGCGUGGAAGAGACGUGUGUUGGUAGUUUACCGCCAGUUCCUUCAACUUCUUAAGAAGCACCAAAGACAGUGACAUCUUAUGGCUGCCUAAGGUGUGGCUGGCUGGGCCUUGGCUUGCUGCUCAGUUAAUGAUGGACAGCUGCUGUGAUGGGGUGAGACAGAGCCAUGUUUGCUGCAAUCAAGGAGGCCCUGGGCACCUCUGUCUUGGAAAGCACAGGGAGGGAUGGCGGUGACUGCAUCAAUGAGGGGUAGGUGUACCGCAUUGACAAUGGGAAGGUGCUUCUGAAAAAGAACUCUACAGAAAAGGCACGGGAGAUCUUUGAUGGAGAAUAUGAAGGCUUGAAGGGAAUUCAGGCCACUGGCACAGUGCGUGUUCCUAUGCCUCACCUGGCCUUGGACAACCCCGCAGGUGGAGCAGUGCUGGUAAUGGAGUACCUCAACAUGCAGGGACUUUAUCAGAAGUCAGGCCAGCUUGGGACUCAGUUAGCCAGGCUACACCUCCACAAUCUUGCAGCAAGAGAUGAAAAAGUGGGAGGCACUGUGGGCAAAGGCUCUUCUAGUCAUGUGGAACAGUUUGGAUUUUCCAUUAACACUUGCUGUGGUUACAUUACCCAAGACAAUACCUGGACUGAUGACUGGCUGGUGAGAUUCCAGUGUGGCAAGGCUGCAUUGAGACUCAUUUAUUUAUUUUUUUUAUCUUAUCAGAAAUAUUGUCGUCACCAUAACAUAAACAGAAUUUUUUUAACUCUCCCUUUGCCAACAGCCUAAAUCCCUGUACAGUAUCCCAAUACUGACUGGUUUUCACUUUUCUGUAAAUAAUCUAGAUUAAUUCUAGUAAAUGGGUUCAGGCAUGUAAAACCAUGGAAAAGUUUACUUUCCCAAAGCCAGAAGAGUAGAAAAUUUGUCCACCUCAAGUCCAGUGUAGGAUGUGAUCAAAUCCAAAAAUAGACUUGACUUUGCAACUUCUCAUUAUCUUUGCAACUUCUCAUUAUCUUCUUUUACAAAGGCAAAGGAUCUGAGGUGCUUUCACCAUAAUUGCACUGUGUCAGUAUUAUUCAUGGGUACACAAGGUUGGAAAAAGCCCAGAUUUAAAAAAAUCCCAAUCCACUGUUUUUUUUUUUGGGCGGGGUUUAUUUAUUUGUUUAUUUUUUGGGGGUGGAGUUACUUUUGUUUAUUCUUCAUUUUCUUCAAAAGUAAAUCAAUUUAAAUGAGGAAUUAAAAACUAAUCAAGAAUGAAAUAAAAGGUUUGAAGUGUUUUUUUUUCAUACAGGAGGGGCACUGGCCGAGAGCAGCAAAUAUAUUAUAAAAAAAAAAGGCCCACUGAGAUGCUGUUCCCCUAACAGAGUCAAAAGCGGUUGUCAAACAUUAAAGGAUACAUGUCUUGAAACUUCUCUAUUGAAAGAGUUCAUCAUAGGAAGGAAGUAGUAGAAAAGCCGGCAGGGAAUUCCUGAGUUUACCAGAGAAAGGUGUGAAUAAUUGAGAAUAAUGGUUAACUCUUGCAUUAGAGAGAUGGACAGAACAGGAGUGAGAGAAAGAGGAAAGUGUUGUGCAGUGAGGUCACGGGAGGAGGGGAGGCAUGCAGUUAGCAAGUUCAGAAGAGGAGUUAGCAUGAAAAUAGUGGUAGAAGAUAGCAAGAGAUGUAAUAUUGUAGUGAUGACAGAGAGGCUGAAGACUACCAGUUACUUAGAGGAGAGGAGUUGGUAGAUGAAAUACUUUUGAUUCCACCCAGUCUAAAAGAGUGGUAUGAGUGAACCCCCCCUACCCCCAUACAUGUGAAGCAUUUUCCAUACAUAGACAGAUAAGGCCCCUGUAAAGAGUUAGCAGGUGUGAGGGUGAUAAAAACUGGCAGAGACAAUUCAGACACCUAACUUCAUAGAAGCUGUUUUAGCUAGAGAUGAGAUGUGAAGUUUCCAGUUUAGACUAUAAGUAAAGGACAGACUGAGGAUGUUUGAAGGGGAACAGAUGUGGGAGGAGAGGGAAAUAGUUGAGUGUCAUUGAAGAAGAGGGGAUAUUUGUCUGGAAGGUUGUGUUGAGUUGAUAUAUGGAAGAAUUGAGUUAUUAAGGCAUUAAACAAUACUAAGUUUACUCUGCCCCAAUGAGAAAUUUUAGAGAGAUCAGAAGUGAGGCCUUCUGUGGCUUCCCUGCGAGAACUGUUUACUUGUUGAAGGGUUGGAUGUCUGUGAAAAGAUGUGGAAAAGUGUAGAGUGGUAUCAUCAGUGUAGCAGUAAAUAGGACAAGAAGUUUGGUUUAGAAUAUCAAUAAUGAAUAAUAGGAAGAGAGUGGGUGACAGGACAGAACCCAGAAUAUUGUUAAUAGAUUUAGAAGAAGAACAGUGACUACCUACCACAGCAGCAAUAGAAUGGUCAGAAAGGAAACUUGAGAUGAAGCUACACAGAGAAGGGUAGAAGCUUCAGGAGGGCAGUCUGGAAAUCAAAGCUUUGUGCCAGAAUCCAUUAAAAGCUUUUGAUAUGCCUAAGGUAACAACAAAAGUUUCUCUAAAAUCCUUUAAAGAUGUUGAACAACACUCAGUAAGAGAAGCCAGAAGAUCACCAAUAAAGCGUCCUCAAUGGAACCCAUCCUGGUGAUCAGAUAGAAGGUUAUGAAGUGAUAGAUGUUUAAGAAUCUUCCUGUUAAAGAUAGAUUCAAAAUUUUAGAGAGGCAGGAAAUUAAAGCAAUAGGGAGGUAGUUUGAACACUUAGAACGUUCACCCAUUUUAGGAACAGGCUGAAUGCAGGCAAAUUUCCAGCAAGAAGGAAAGGUAAAUGUUGACAGACAGAGUUGAAAGAGUUUGAUUAGGCAAGGUGAAAGCAUGGAGGCACAGUUUCGUAGAAUAAUAGGAGGGACCCCAUCAGGUCCAUAAGCCUUCUGAGGGUUUAGGCUAGCAAGGGCAUGCAAAACAUCACUGUGAAGGAUUUUAAUGGGUAGCAUGAAGUAUUCAGAGGGUGUAGGAGAGAGAGGAACAAGCCCUGAAUUAACCAAGGUAGAGUUUUUAGCAAAGGUUUGAGUAGAGAGUUCAGCUUUAGAAAUAGAUGAGAUGGUAAUGGUAUCAUCAGGCUGAAAUAACAGAGGCAAAGAUUAAGAAGCAGAGUUAUUGUAGAUGUUUUUGGCUAUGUGUCAGAAGUCACAAGAGGAGUUAGGUCUUGAAAGAUUUUGACACAUUCUGUUAAUGAAGAACAGACACUUGUUGAGGUUAUGCUGAUACAGGUUGAUCAGGUUGGACCAUGUUAACUUGUACUGUACAAGAAAUGAACAGGCUUGGCUACUUUUACAUUUUUUAUGUAAAUGUACAUAUAUAGACCUUAUUUACUAAUAUGAUACAAAACAAAAUUUUGACUUGUAAACAUUUUGUAAAAAAACCCAAAAAACUCAC